AUGUCGUUUAUUCAGAAAAGACUACUGUCACAGUCCUUUUUUUUGUGCUCCCAAGUGGGGUCCUUACCGCUUUAUCUAUUACCUGAAGUUCAGAUUUCCAUAGGUGCAUUGGCUCUACCCAGAACUAUAAGAAAGGGCAGAACUUCAUUGAAUAUAUCACAGAAUAUUACUGUAGAGGGCCCCAAAGGUACAUUAUUCCUGGAAGUCCCUGAUUUUUUGCAGUUAGACAGAGAUGAAAAGCAUGGUAAAAUAAACGUUGUGGUUCAGAAUGCAGAAGAUAAGCAUCAGCGUUCCAUGUGGGGUACAGUAAGAUCACUUAUAAACAACCAUAUUAUCGGUGUUACCGAGGGCCAUCUUGCUGUACUUAGAUUUGUAGGGACAGGUUACAGGGCCCAGUUAGAAAAUGAUGGUAGAUUUGUCAAUAUUAAAGUGGGUGCCUCUAUUAAACAAGGAUUGGACGUUCCCGAAGGUAUUAGCGUCAAAUCACCUGCUCCUACAUCUCUUAUUAUUGAAGGAUGUGAUAAACAGCAGGUUCUUCUCUUUGCUGCCAAAUUGAGAAAAUUCCAUCCCCCAGAACCAUAUAAGGGUAAAGGAAUUUACGUUAAUGACGAAACGAUAAAACUUAAGGACAAAAAAAUCAAAUGA